UGCACUAUCCCAAACUUUCUCUUUUUCCCUAGGUAUUUCUUUUCUUCUCUCUUUUCUUAAUUCUGCUACUACUGCUGCUGCUACUCUCUAUAAUCUGCUGCCUGCCACUGUACUCUUCUGAACUACACAGAAUUGUUCAUGCUUCCCUCUGUGGAUGCUAUUUGGAGCUCUUUGAGAAACCUUAUUGAAAGGAGCAUUAUAACUGGCUACUGGGAAACAUCAUGAAACUGCUGUGGAUUAUUACAUGUGUUCUGUCUGUCUCUUUUGGAGUGACAGAUGUAGCUAAAGCCCAACAAGCAGACAAACCAGCAGCUGCAUUAAAAAGAAAAAGUUGUUCCAAAUGGGUUUUUGAUGAAUGCAAAGUAAAUGGGGGUGUCUGUGGAUCUGGUAAAAAAAUUGGCCGGAGAACAGGAAGUAAUUGUGGUAAAAAAGAGAAAACAUUCUCUUGCACAAUACCUUGUGAAAGCAAUGAUAUGGUGAAUAAUAAAAUGAACAAAGACAAGAAAAAACGAGCUGGAGGCAAAGAAUGUAAGUAUAUGAAAGGGACUUGGUCUGCUUGUGAUCCCAACACCAGCACCAAAAAUAUGACAAUGAUGUUGAAGAAAGGCGAUCCAAAGAAAUGCCCUGAAACUAGAAUAAAAUCUAAGGGUUGUAAACAAGGAAAGGCAUGUAAAUAUACCCGAGGCCCUUGGUCCCAAUGUGAUGCCCAGACAAAUGAAAAAACAAGGGUGUUAAAACUAAGGCGUGGAGACCCAAACAGAUGUCAAAAGGAGAAGACAUUAACAAAAACAUGCAAAUUAAAGUGUAAAUAUGAGAAGGGUGAGUGGUCUGCCUGUGACCCUGUCACUAAUAAAAAGGUCCGUGUUCUAACUUUACGUCGAGGGGAUCCAAAUAGCUGUGAAAAGGAAAAGACAAUAAGCAAGUCCUGUCGCCGAAAUUGUAAAUAUAACAAAGGAGCAUGGUCAAAAUGUGACCCAACUACAAAAACUAAAAGCCGAACACUAACUUUGAAGGCUCUGAGUGACAGCUCGUGUCCAGCCAGCAAGCCACAGACUAAGGACUGCAAGGGUAAUGUGAAUAACAAAGGUUGCAAAUAUUCAUAUGGGGACUGGAGUGCUUGUAAUACAACAAGCAACAUUCGUACCAAGACUAUGACACUAGAUAGUGGAGAUCGUUCAAUGUGUGAAGCAACUAAAACAGUGACAAAGUCUUGCAACAAGAAAGGCGGAAAAGAACGUUGCUUCUUUGGCGCAUGGGGAGAAUUUGGUCCAUGCAGAAAUGGAGUGAAAAUUAAGAAAAGAGUUGUGCAGUAUGGUGACUCAGAAUGUAUGAAACGUGCUGUGAAGACAUUAAGUUGUUAAUUAUUUUCAGAGGAAAUAGGGUCUUCUGAAAUUGCUUGAUUUUUUUAAAUGUAUUUUCUUAAGUUUCUUUUUUUCCUCCCAUUUGUGUAUAAGUAUAAUUAACAAAUUAACUUUAAUCAAAAUAAAGUAAUUUUAUUACACUUCUUUGGCUAUAUAGACUUAUAGAAAUGUCUGUAAUAUUUGCCUCACCUAUGUGUAUCCUUUGUCUUUUGUUUGUUAUAAUAUUAAAAGAUAGUACACAGACCCUAAAUGUGUUUUAGGACAUAAUUUCAAUUACUGGGAUACCGUAUAAUCUGAGUUUUUAAAAAUAAAUCUGUCUUAUAUUAUUAUUUGAUUUUAUCAAUUAAGAAAAUAACAUUUAAAGUUAACUGAAGAUAAAAUUGUGUGUAAAAGGAAUUAAUUAACUGGUUAAGUUGCCUUUAGAGAUUAAUUGACAGCAUUUCAGACAGAACAAAGUGUCUUUUCUGCCAAUGGCACUGUUUAAGGAAUCAUGGAAAUAUGAAUGACAGGUUUGGAAAGAAAAUGAAAUCUAAAACGAUUAUGGAAAGAAUUUGACAUUGUUGUUGACAGUGGCCAGUGAUAACAUGUUUUGGUAAAAUAGUCAAGAAUAUUCAUUGUAAGAUUUACCGUAGAUAUUUUUUAAAAAAUGAGGGCUAGUUUGGAUUUCUAUAGCUCUCAAUUUUCAUUUGAGUUUAUUUUUUGUUUAUUGAUGUAUUAAUCAUCAUAUUAGAAAGACAAGCUGUAUAAUCUUUGUCUGGUAAUAAUGUUAUGUUCAGUUAUUCAGUAUGCAUUGGUGUUGAUAUAUGAAGUUAAUUCAAAGCUGUUAUCAGUGAGAAGAGAUGGUGACAAUCAGCUACAGCUAUUGGUAUUUGUAAUGAAAAUAAAUAUUAAUAAUAAUGAUAAUUAUAAUAGCAGUAAAGGUGCACUUCAUACAGGUAACGAUAAAUGUUGAUGACAACCUCUACAAGGUGUCAUAGUUAUUAACCAAGCUUUUGAUGGUUGCCACAAAUGUAGACAAUCACAGUUUGCAAUCAUUUUGAUUCUAACACACAUAUAUAUAUAACUAUAUAUAUAUAUGUGUGUGUGUGUGUUAUAGAUAGCUUUUGUCAUCAACAGUUAACAAAAUAAUCAUAGGUAAGUUCAGUUACUGAGUUACUGAUUAGUAAAACAGUACAUCAGAACACUAACAGCUAUAAUUUGGAAUGCUUAUAUAUAUAUAUGUAUACGAUUGAGGAAGCUACAACUUUCAGACAAUCUCAGCAUAAUCUGAAUUCCUUCAAUCAAGUGUAGGCUCAUUUAAAAGAAAUCUAUUGCUAUCAGCUUCAGUUACAGGUUGCCAUUCUCAGAAGUAACAACACAUUCAGCAGUCAUAGUAGUAACACUGAAAUUCUCUUUUAUUUCCCCAUAAACCCAGUUUUACUUUUCAUUUAUGUUAAAAUCAAAUUAAACAUUGCUUUUUGUGUUUGUAUAUAAAUCAUACAUAUACACAUAUUUACACAUAGCUACAUUCAUAUAUGUGUUUUUGUCAAUAUAAUCAUAGCUAUAUUUAUAUAUACAUAUAUAUAUAUAUAUUCACAUGUACCUAUACAUAUAUAUAUCUUAGUGUGCAUGUGUUUAAUUUCAAUCCAAAUGUAGACUUGUAUCAUUUUAUUUCAUUAAUUCUGCCAUCCUUUAUAACGAAAAUAUCUGUGGUAAACUCAUUCAACAUAACAUGAAGUAACAUGAAAUAAGGGGAUAGUAACCUUGACUUUUAAAAAUAUGGUUGAUCUGUCAUAUUAUUUGGAAUGUUUCAAUUCUGAUAGUCUCUUGGUUUUCUUCUGAUAUUCCUUUGGUUUCCAUUCUACCCAUUCAAAUGUUUGAGAAGAAGAAAACCUCCAUUGAGAGUCAAACUGGCUCAGAAAGAAAAGUAUGAAUUGUGUUGAUUUGAAAGAAGAAACAUUUUAAAUGAAGACAAAUUGCUUUGCUAAUCUGCUGUAAUCAGGAGUAACUUUGCAGCUUCCACUUAUAACUUAGCAGCUCAUCUAUCACUGUAACAAUUUUAUUGCUUUUUUUUGAUUUUCUUAAUAAACAGUUUCCUAAAA